GUAACCUGAAGGAAUUCAGUGACUACAUGGAUGUGGUUGGUGGUGUGCAGAAUGACUGACAGAGAGGAAGAUGGAAAACUACAGCUAAUGCUACCAGGGAGGCAGCACCAAUAAUGGGAGUCUGCGGCCUCUAGUCUUUUUGAGCAUCAGCAGCCACCCAGCGCAGGAAUGAUUUACCUGGCUCACACGGCACACCUGCAGUUCCUGGGACUUGUCUUCGGGUUCCUGGCAUGGCUCUUCAUCCUGACGACAAUCGGCAUCAACGAGUGGCGGCUCUGGUACGUGGACGACGUGUCCGUCAUCAACUCGGGCGUGGCCUGGGUGGGAAUCUGGAGGGCGUGCUUUUACAGCCACGUCCUUCCAGAGACUGAGAACUGUCGGAGCAUCAGCAUCUCGGACAGCUUCCUCCCGCCCGAGAUCCCCUUGGCUCAGGUCCUGAUGAUGCUGGCGGUGAUCUCUGGCCUGUUGGGGAACAUCGGCGCUGCGGUGGCCGUGAGGAUGGCCUACUUCUCGGUGGAACACCGCAGGAACAUGAGGAUGGGUUUUGUGCUGGCUGGGGCUCUGUAUUUGGUCACAGCAGCGUUCUCCUUGGUGCCUCUGCUGUGGAACAUGAGCUCUGUUCUGAAGAACAACACCAUAGACUUUCCUCCGGAGUUCAACCUCCCUGCUGCUCCUGUCCGGCAGAGCGUCGGAGCGGCAAUUGGAAUUGGCAUCUUUUCUUCCAUCCUAAUGAUUGUAAGUGGGGCGAUCUUCCUCUGCUACACGUAUUCGCUGCAGUCCCCAGAGCAAACCCCGGACCCCCUCAAUGGUCCCUGGACAGUAACAACACUGCAGAAGACGUCUGAGCUGCCAAAUGGAGACAGCCGAGGGAUGGAUAAUCAGGGGUUCCACGCUGAAGAAAUCUCAUGAUGGGCCUACAUCCUUUUGGUUGCAGAAACAAAAACUUGUGAUUCAAGAAUCUUUCUGCACAACGUAGUCUUAUAUGUUAAAGACCGAAACCUUCCUUCAGCACGACAGUUGCCAGUCUCAGAACCGCCGUCUGAAUAAACUCCAAAAAGACAAUAGCAGCAAGCACACUGAUGAAUGUCAGAAUUUGUGCCACAUACUUUAACGUUAUCUCUUUUUAGUUUGGCGUGGCUGUUUGAUUCCUGUGGUCUUCUUCUGUUCACCUGACCUAUCAAGGUGUUGUUUGUUGAAGACCUGGUCUGGCCUGCUGUAGUGUCUGGCACCAACCUGGUUGGUAAGAUUAAAGAUUAUUUGAGCCCAGUAAGAAGCAAGA